AUGACUAGAAGGAAGCCAAAACUAGCCUUCAUCGAGAACGACUCGUCGCGAAAAGCGACAUUCAGGAAAAGGAGGACGGGCUUCAUGAAGAAGAUGUAUGAAAUCAAUAAACUUUGUGACGUCCCAACAUGUGCUAUCAUGUAUAGUCCAGAUAUGCCUCAACCUGAUGUCUGGCCUGAUCCUUCGGAGGUGCGACGCCUCAUCGAGCUGCUUAAGAACGUGCCUGAGAAGGAGCGAAACAAAAAGAUGGUGACCCAUGGGAUGUUUCUGAAGCAGAGGAUCGAAAAGGUGCAGGAGAAGCUGAACAAGUUGAAGAAAGAAAACCGAGAGAAAGAACUUCGGAUGGCCAUGAGCCAAUGCCUCGCGGGGAAACCCUUAAAUGGCUUGGACUUCACCAAUUUACAUGAAAUGGGGUGGAUGAUCGACGAGAAGUUGAAGGACAUUGCCGUGACUAAAAGCCGAAAGGAGAACGAGCUGGCAGAUAUAAAUCAGCCCUUAGUUGGACAACCACCAGCGCAUGCAGCAUCAGCUAAUGAGAACACUCAAGACGCCAUACAACUGGCUCCAUGGUCUGUGGGGGACGUGCUGACCUCAAAAUUUGGUGAUGUGGAUGAUCAGAUAAUGCCGCUUGGGGAUUAG